AUGUCAAUGCACAAUCACGGUUCGAACCUCGCCACUAUAUCCUCAAUUGGUAUUCUCCCUGACCACGUAGUAGCAAUUUAUCAUCGACUACUGAAAAAGUGCCUACAGCUCCCCGCGUGGCAUUCAAAACUCCCAUUGUUACGAAGAUUCGAUCCGAUCUCAACGAAUCGAAGCCAGGAAGAGCCAAGGCGAAAGGACGGUGCUGUGUCGAAUGUGGCUCAAACAGGAAAAUUUCCCUUGAAGACUGAACUUCAGAACUGA